ACAGGGCGUUUCGUGGAUCUUGGCAAUUUCUCUAAAGUCAAUAACUCGUGAAUAUUGUCAAGUAGAGAGCUGUCGAGCAUGACUAUCAUGAAGGAUGAGGCUUCUUGACCACCUUGUGGUUGGUGCGGUUCUCGCGCGAGCUUUAGUUGACACUUGGAACCAAAAUAAACCAUUUGAAGUCACAUAAAUUGCAUUCCACGGCCAAGGGUGAGCGCAAAUUAUGUUUAUCGCGAUCUAAUUGAUCCAUCUGUUCGGUCGAUUGCACAAUCAAGGUGACUGUGUGCUUGCAAUGAGCCACGACGUGCUGGUGCGACCUCCGCGCUCGCGAUCCGCCGUUCCGGGAGGCUCGGGGGGCUCUGCCGAGGCUGCUGGUGCUCGGGAUGGCUCCAAAUCCACCACCAGCACUCCGCGGAAGACGCAGUCGUCGCGCUUCAUGGCCGCCUUUACGCAGUUCUACGGGCCGGACGAGGAUCCUUCGACGAGUCCUCCGGAAGAGGUGGGAACGGAAUUGCGCGGCAAAGUGGAGUCCAAGCUAAUGUCGAUGUGGAACAAUGUGAAGUACGGCUGGAGUGGGAAGAUGAAGGCCAACUUCUCCAAGGAGCAGCCCAUCUGGUUGCUGGGCAGAUGCUAUCACAGAAAGUUCUCUCCGCCGCCGUCGAUGGAGUCGUCAAUGGAGCUCAAUCCCAUGACGAUGGAGGCGCGCUUUGUGGACGGAGAGCCGCUGGAUGAUGUGGUGGAGGGUUUAGAUCCGGACGCUGUCCACGAGCUGGGCACAGACGUGGUGGACGAGCAGAACGGCGACACGUCGUGGGAAGAGGAGGGCGUCGAUGCGUUCAAGAGAGACUUCAUGAGUCGCUUGUGGAUGACUUAUCGCCGGGAAUUCCCAGCCAUGAAUGGUGGACAGUUCACGUCGGAUUGCGGCUGGGGCUGUAUGCUGCGCAGUGGCCAGAUGAUGCUCGCGCAGGGCCUGAUUUGCCACUUCCUGGGUAGAAAUUGGCGCUGGGAUCCAGACACGCAACUCUACACCACGCAAGAAGACAACCUGCACAGGAAGAUCAUCCGAUGGUUUGGCGACAUCAGCUCGCGCAACAGCCCUUUCUCCAUCCACACGCUCGUGACGCUGGGCCAGGAGGCGGGCAAGAAGCCCGGCGACUGGUACGCUCCCGGCGCCACUGUUCAACUCCUGCGCCAAGCCAUGCUGAUCGCCAGUCAGGAGAACGUCGAUCUGGACGGCAUCAACAUUCACGUGGCACAGGAUUGCACUGUAUACAUCCAGGACAUCCUCGACGAGUGCCUCAUUCCUGCCCACGACAAAUCCCUGGCGCCGUGGCACCGCAAGCGAUCGCCCACGCGAGAGGGAGAACAGCCUGAAAAUGCGGAGAACUUUCACUGGAAGGCCCUAAUCUUGCUGGUUCCGCUGCGAUUGGGAGCCGAGAAGAUGAAUCAAAUCUAUGGGAACAGCUUAAAGGCACUCCUGAGCCUCGAGGCAUCAAUUGGAAUCAUUGGCGGCCGACCGAAGCAUUCACUGUACUUCGUUGGGCAUCAGGAAGACAAACUGAUCUACUUGGAUCCUCACUAUUGCCAAGAGAUGGUGGAUGUGAAUCAGGAGAACUUCCUCGUGAACAGCUUCCACUGCAAGUCGCCGCGAAAGAUGAAGAUCUCCAAGAUGGAUCCCAGCUGCUGUGUUGGAUUCUACUGCCCAACGAAGAGCGACUUCGACCACUUCAUCGCCUCCGUUCAGCCCUAUUUGCUGCCUCUGCGAUCGCCACAGACCAGAGACAGGAAUCACGCGGGCGCGCCAGCGACUGAAGUCAACUAUCCCAUGUUUGUGUUCUGUCGCGGAAAGCGAUGCGACCAAGAAGUGGAUCUUUCGCAUCUCGUCUACAGCCAGCAGAACUCCAUGAGCUCCGCGGCCUCGGGCACGGUUACGGAUGACGAGGGCGAUGAGGAUGAGUUUGUCAUACUCUGAAAUCCAUUCCUGCACACCAUUAAUUUAUUCCUCUGGCAAAACCUCAUCCCCAUCGAUGCGCAGCGUGAAGUGUCUGUAAAUACUGUGCAAAGCCACGUGGAUCUGUGCAUUUUGUGGGCCCAAAGCCCUGUCGAAGUCCCCAACAAAUUUAAUUUGUGAUUUACGUGCUUAUUUAGUGAAUUGUACUUAUAUUUCUCAAUAUAUGCAUCGACCUGAAAA